CGCAUCCCCCCAUGUUUGGGCUAGAUAAUAAUGCCUAAUACUUGGGGUUUUGGACUGAUUGCUACCUUUCCAAUCAAGGGAAAGAAACUUUACUGUUUAAAAAAUAUUUUUGUUUUUAGUACUUCACAGUGUAUACUUCCUGAUCGCCAUUAGUGACGCACCAUGCGAAGCAAGAUGUUUAUGUGGAAAAUUUAUGAUGUCUGAGAGUUAACAUGACUGCCUAGCCAGUGGGCUUAAGCAGGUGUGGUUUACAAUAUGGGCUGCACCAUCGUUACCCCUCGAUGCUGCAUAGCAGCCAAUGAGCAAGAACAUCAGGACUUGGUACAAAUACCAAGCACAAGGAGACACUCUGCACCUCCAGUGAGUGGAGAAGUUGCCACCCAACAGGAGCUGGAUAAAUUGAUACAGUCUGGGGAGAAUCAAUUUUCUGCAAAUGACCCUUUAUUGGAGAGCCAGUUAGAAGAAUUAUCGAAGACAGAAUUGCUUUGGGGCAAGUCACGCAGGGAAUUGGAAGAGAUAAUCCACACGGAGCCUGUAAUAGGCUGGGAAGGAGAAGACAUUGGUUCGCUUGGUGAAAUUGUGUGGUCCUCCUCUGUUGUCCUUCAUGAACAAUACAACAAGGAAGAGAGUAAAAGACACCUCGUUCUCUUUCCAUUGCAUUUGUUACUUCUGGCUGUAGAUGAUGAGAAAAACAAGUUCAUUUAUGAGGGAUUGUUACCACUGUCUGGAAUAUCAGUCAAAACGUUAAUGGAAACUACUUUUGAAAUUACUGGUGAAAUUUAUCUCUGGGACUUGGCAUCCAAGCGAGAUUUAAUCAUUGACUAA